AUGCCUCGGCUAAGAAGAUCAUUUGGAACCUGCGCGCUACUAUACAUUUCUGUACUAGAAUGCUAUGGUUUACCAGAAAACACGACAGAAGAUACUCGCGCAACCUACUCUAAUGUAGUCGCAUUUUCCGUUAUCAAAGCUAUUGUGUUUGCUUAUCUGGCUCACAGUAUGGUAAUCCGACCUUCCAUGAAUACAAUAUCUUCUGGUACUUUUGGAGAACGGUUUUUAUUCCUAGCCUUUCCGACAUUUGCAGGUAGUCUAGUUUCCCAUCACAUAUCAGCGGCCUGGUAUGGGGAUCGCUCCCUUGGAAUCGAAAACUUUAAGAAACCACUUGAGGUGUACAGCAAAACAAUAUCGGAAGAGGCUGAUGACAAUAUUAUACACACUAUCGCGGGUGAACCUUCUGGAUCUUACUUUGGAUCCUUUUCUGCGCAAAAUGACAUUGAAUUGGAAAGUAAUCCAAUGAAAGCUAACCUCAAUAUGGUUCAACAAAAGACUCAACGGAAAAGCGAUUGGCUUGUGGAUUAUGGAAAUAAGACUCAAGAGUUUAACAUCGAAGACCACGACAAUGCAACAUAUCUUGCUGCUCUUCUACAGAGUCUUGGUCCCGACAAAGCAAAAAAACUAAAACACUGCCUUCUCAACUCAAGUCUUUUCGUUGGGUUUGAUUUACUUGACGAAACUCUACUGGAAGAUCUAAACUAUAUAAAGACAGACCAAAUAAGGGUCAUUGGUCUUGGAGUAGCCUGUAAAUAUCAGGCAAGUGUUGCACCCAGUGUGGUGCGUUACUUGCCGACUACCAUGUUAGACCAGCUUUACGACUCCAGUUCGGUGGAUAGAGUUCCUUACAAAGAAGUGUUUAUUACCUUGGUACAGUUGGGAUACACCGUAAUCGAAUGUCUAAAUCCCAACAAUGAAAACAAAUGGAUCAAGUCGGUGCUCUUGGUUUACAUGAUCAUGUCAAUGGGCCAAACUCUCUCAAUCUUAGCUCUACACACUCAAGAAUUCGCCUUUAGUGUUCGUUAUAGACCAGGUCAUCCAAAACAAAAUAUAUCUUCUGACAACACUUGUACACCUGCUUCAGAUACCCACUUGGAUAAAGACUUCGGUUGUACGUCUCGUCCUCUUGAAGGACAAAACGAGACAGCAAAUGAAUAUUGCGAUGCCGUUAUACACAAAGGCUCCUUUCUUUACCAGGUACUCCAGGGAUUGAACAUUUAUACAAAUACUGAAGAACCCCUGGAUCCAUAUGAAGAAAGUGUAUGGAACUUUUUUGUGGUAGUAUUGUUGUUUGCCAUGCCAUUUCUGCUAGGAAUUUGGGCAGAUUACGCUUCUCACAGCACAACCGAAUGGCUUGUGUUGGCAUAG